AGAGACGACACAGAGCUGCUCUCCGUUUGGGACGCGCGAUAAGUUCCUGCCAGGAGUUUUCCCUCCUUGUGUUUUGUUAUUUGAACAGCAGCUGUUUAUCAGGCAUGCACACCGGAGGAAAAUCCCCUUUGGAUUCUGGCUUCAGCACAUCUUGUGUGAAAAUCUACCUGUGCUCCAACCCAGAAGACAGCGUGGUGGAGCGUAGAGCUCUGAGGGACAGUGUGUUCCCCAGAUUCAGAGAGCACUGCAGACACUCGCUGGCACUGGAUGUCAGGGUGAUAGACCCGUUUGAAUCCAGUGAUCCCAGUCGCUGGCCAGAUGAAGACACCAGGCAUCAGAUGAUACAUGAAUGCAGAGGAAGCUCAGCUGGACCUUUUUUACUGGCUCUGGUAGGGCAUCAGUAUGGCACAGCCCGUGUGCCCGCUCAGGUGGAGGUGUCAGAGCUGCAGUUGCUGCUGCAGCAGUGUCAGGAGGCUGGCGUCAGUACACAGGAGCUGGAGAAAGUUUAUCAGCGGGACGAGAACACCAUCCCUACGACCUACUGCCUGAGAGCUCCGCACAGACGCAGCUAUUCUCUGCAGGAAAGAAAUAAGGUGAAGGAGGAAAGCAAAACCAAGACUAAAGAGGAAGAACUGAGGAAGCUGUUUCAGGCAGCUGUGAGUCUGUGUGUCCAAAGUGGCAGCAUGACCCCAGAGAGGGCCAAAAUCUUCUACAGAUCAGCCCUCGAUGCAGAUCUGCAUUAUGCUCUGGAAAGCUGUCCUGAGAGUGACAUCGGCAGACGCUGCUUGGUCUAUGUCCACAAGAUCAUCAAUGCAAAAGCAGAGAGACAAAAGGGACCUGUGAAAAUACAACUACAGUCAAAGUUGGAGGAUGCCACUCUGAGUUCAUCACCCACUAACGAAAAGUUACUGUCAGAGCUGUGUGAGUGCUUCCUCCCUCAUCUCGUCACUUCCCGCCAACUUCUAGUCUACACCAUCACCACAGAGUGCGACCGCCGCCAUGGUUACACAUCAGCUAGGAGGCGCGGCUAUGCUGAUUCUCUGUGCCAGCAGGUGUACUGUGACCUUGUGCAGAUGACUGACGGUCUGAACGUUUCUCAAAGCGCAGAACCUUCUCCCCUCUGUGACGUUUUAUCCCGAGAGCAGGCCGAACAGGAGCAGCUGUGUGACAUCCUCAGUCGGUUUUAUGACGUCAUUCAGCCCGAGGAGGAAAAGGUCAGAGCCUAUGUGAAGCAGAGGUACCAUCAGUUCCCUCUGGUAGUGACCGGAGGCCCGUGUACAGGAAAGACGGUCCUGCUAGCACACUGCACUCAGCAGAUGAAGCACUGGCUUGCAGACAGCGAUCCUGUGGUGAUCAGUUUUUUCUGCAACCUAUCAAUUAAUGCUUCACCAAAGCAUCUGCUGUCGAGCUUGUGUUAUCAGAUAUCCUGCAGAUAUCUCACUGACUCCUUGUCUAAGCAGGAUGCUAGCCACUGCAGUGACCUGGAUGAUCCUGGCAGUACCACCGACCCCAGAGAGGUCACAUCCAGCUGUAGCCAAACAUCUGUUUUGGAUUCCCAACAUGAGGGCGGCACCAAAGAGCAUGUUUCUGACUGCAAGCAAAGCUGGAGUACCGCUCAACAUCCAGAUCAAAGACAGCUGGAUUUUGGCAACAUAAAACCCGACGCUUGUCUGUCUGAACUUAAAGAACACCUCUCAUCCCUCAUCAGCCACCUGCCUUCAACUGAAAAGCCUCUUGUCCUUAUUCUUGAUGGAUUAGAUCAACUCAAAAACAACACUGGUCUUCAAAUCAUUGAGUGCCUUCCCAGGCCCCUUCCUCCCGCUGUCAAACUCAUCGUCACAGCUUCCUCCAAUCGAGAACACUUCCUGCAAGCCAUAAAACUACACUAUGCAUCUCAGAGUGUAUCAGAGGACAUGUGUACAGGAAGGUUGUGUAUACAGUUGGGACUGGUGGACAGGAAACAGAGCGUACAGAUGCUGGCAUCUCUGCUGAAAGGUUCAGGAAGGAGGGUGACGUCUGGACAACAAGCUCUGGUCAACCAGGCUCUCGCUCGCUGUUGUCUGCCGCUCUAUGCUCGCCUCCUUCAUGCACACACCUCGCUCUGGCGCUCUGAUUCCGAUGUGACUGAGUCAUCUCUCCCCGAUGGCGUUCAUUCAUCUAUUUCUGCGCUCCUGGAUCACCUUGAGCAGAAACAUUUCUCUUCCAUCGUGGCUCGCACCGUCUCUUACCUCACCAUCUCCAGGUCUGGGCUCACAGAGGCUGAGCUCGCCGAUUUGCUGUCCAUUAAGGAAGAUUUGCCGCACAAAGGCUCUUCAUUUAAGAUGACAGUCCCACAAGUCGAUGUGGAGAGACUUCUUUUGGAUUUAAAGAGCUUUCUUAUCCAACGGAAAGUUGCAGGUUCCCUGGUUUUGUUCUGGGUGAGCAGGCAUUUCAAGUUGGUCGUGGCGAAAAGGUAUUUAGACGCUCCUGAUGUAAGAAGAAGGCUUCAUUCUGAGAUGGCCGACUAUUUUAGUGGACAGACGUCAGGCGUAAACAAGGAUGCAGCCUUAAAAACACACACAGACACUCGGCAACCCAGCCAGCCGUUUGUAUUCACUUCAAUCAAAGGUGGUGGUCGGGUGAAUGUGAGAAAAAUCGUAGAACUGCCGUAUCACCUGCAGCAGAGUGGCAGGUGGAAGGAGUUUGAGUGCGUGCUGUUGCUGUCAUUUGGGUUUCACCAGGCUAUGGUUCGAGCUGAUCUUCUUGGAGAUCUGCUAGCUAUGUUGGAGACUGAAGAGGAGUCAUCUCAGGUUAAGUUUGUAAGAGAAAGGCUGCUACUAGCAAGCACAUUGAAGUCUUCUGCUUGCUUCCUGCAGAGCUCACCUCUGCAGCUGCCCUCAGUGAUGGAGACAAACCUCCUCCCCUAUUUGGAGGUCUUUCCUGCUCUUGAGGGUUAUGUCAGGGAAACCAAGGAAGGGAGAGGAAGUGGAUUAGAAAUAGUGCUUUGCCCCAGUCCUCCCUGUGUUCCCCACAUUCAGUACUUAAAGUACGAUGACAUAAAUAAGGGCGUUUGUGUCAGAGAGAUCGCCGGUACAAAGUGUGGGGUUGUUGCCGAGAUCACAGAUGAAGGCUCUGCUUGGAUUUGGAAAGGGUGUGGAUAUGAUGUGGCCAAACUGUCACUCAGAUGCGAGCAGACAGAGUUAAAGUUUGCAGGCGUGAAGAGCAGCGGUCCGUUCCUCCUGCUUUCCACAAGCUGCAGCAAGCUUUUCGUGUGGGAUGUGGAAGGCCCAGAAAAGUUUCUCGAGGUCAAAGACCCUUUUAAAAACACGUGCGAGUCGAGCGAAACACCCAGCAACAUCGAGGGAUUCGUCGCACAUCAGAAAACGCUGUCCGUGUGGUGGAAAGAUGAGAGUUUUGUGAGCGUGUUUGACAUCUCCAGUGAAACCCUAACUCAUUUCCAGUGUCAGAGCCCUGUGACCUGUUCAGUGUUCUCCUCUGAUGGUUUUUUCAUGUACUGUGGGCAGGAGGAAGGCACAGUGUCCGUAUUUGACAUGAAAUCCAGCAGUCUGCUUAGCACCUGCUCAAACUCAAACCACAGCGCUGUUACGCUGAUCAUCCUCCAUGAAGACAAGAGGGAAAUGGCAUGUGUUGAUAGGACUGGAAGUGUAGCUUUAUGGGACGUGGCAGCCAAUACACAACCACCCAGACUUGUGAAAGAAAGUUUCACUCAGGGUUACUCUACUAACAUACUCAGUACAGAUUAUUGCAGUGAAAUCAAUACUCUUUUGAUGUGUCAAGCCCACCAGGCUUCACUGUGGGAUACUUGUAACUGGGAGCUGUGGGACCAGUUCUUGGCUCCACAGGGAAGAGCCUUCACUCAAGCUGUGCUCUCCCAGGAUGGCCAUCUUUUCCUGGCUUUGUUAGACACUUGCACCUUUAUCUUGGUGUGGAGGGUCAGCAGUGGGGAGUGUGUGCUCUCCUUAGAAACGAACAAGCAGCCACACACACUCCUCAAAAUGGCCUCAGAUGUCAUUUGUGUCAGUCACGAUGGCUGCCUGACAGUGUGGGACUCCGAGAUGAUUGAUGCUGCAGGAAGUGCACAGAAAAUGGGCGGUGGAGUAAAGGAGGUGGUGGUGGAGCAAACAGGCGUGUGGUUCUACACCAGAGAUGGGUCGGAGAAGGUGUGGAAGUGGAGUCUAGACACGGGACUUCCACAUGUUAACUUCCUGCAUACUGGGCCUGUGGAAAAACUGCAGCUUUCCCCAAACGGCAUCCACCUGGUGUCACUCUCGGCUGGAGAUAUUUACGUGUGGCGGACGGAAACAGGUGAAAAUAUCCUCCGCAUCGGUGGCAGCAGAGCUAGAGACAUCCUGAUCACCCCUAAUAACAACUUUGGAGUGAGCAUUUCUGAGCGAGGCCUCUCGCGGGUUUUCAAGAUUGCGCAAGGAAAUAUCGUGUGCAGCAUCCACCCAUACCUAUCUGAUGCUCAGGUUUCACCUGAGAGCACCUACCUGCUCGGUUGUUGCCAUGGAGACCUGCUGGCUGCCAGUCUGUGGUCGGGUUCGAUUAGCAAACGUUUCUCCUGUGUGGAAAGCUCUGAGGAGGUUGUCGCUUUCCAAACUCUUUCACAGCACCCAGAAUUUGUGGUUGUGAUGGCGGCCUCAGGGACGGUGUACACGUGGAAGGUGGCAGAGGAGACUGUGUGCUGGCACUUUCAGCUGCCACACAUGUUUCACUGUCAGCCUGAGGACUUCCAAAUGUCCUCCAAUGGCAGCUAUGCACUGCUGUCCAUUGACAGCGGCGCAAUUAACCUCUUAAAUCUGUCUCGAGUCACACUGUGCUCAUUCAAAGUCGAGGGUCCUGUCAUUAAAGCCUGCCUGGACAAAACUGGACACUAUGUUGCUUACAUAACCACGCCCUCCGGGCUGGAGGACAGCUGUGACUGCUACCUGCAUGCGAGGCCCAUCCUCCGAGUCACGCGACUUUCAGAUGGGGAGAGAUUAGGAGCUGUGCAUCUGUCUAAGAAUCCACUAGCUCUGGUUAUUUGUGAGCAGCACUGUGUGUUUGUGGGCUUUGGGGAUGGGUCUGUAGGUGUGUACUACAUUUCAGAUGUCACAGUCGAUGAGGAUGAGCCAAUCAGGUGCUGGGAAGAUCCUAGCGGCCAGUUGAAGCAAUGUCCCUUUGACAGGACGCCAUUCAGCUGGUUUCCUCAAGACACACCAAAUGUUACAUGGGCUUAAGAUUAUUAUAUGAUUCUGAACAAAGAAUGUGCAAAUUUUAAUAUUAGACAAAGAUCAUCUGAGUCAAUAGAAAAUGCAGCUUUUAUUUACCAAUUACAUUGAUUGAGGGAAAACAGCUAUCCAACUAUACAUGACCCUGUGAGAAAUAGUAAUUCCCCCCUUGUUAAAUCAUGAAUUUACCAGCCCUGAUUACUACCAGACCUUUUUAAUUAAGAAAUCACUUAAACAGAACCUGUCUGACAAAGUGAAGAAGGCUAAAAGAUCUUAAAAAGCAAAGAAACUUCAGAAAACAUAGUCACUGACAUCUAUCAGUCUAGAAAGGGCAUUUGGACUAACACAGAGAUACGUCAUCCACAGCUGUAAAACGGUGAAGGAGUGGUCGACAUACCAAUGACUCAUCCAGGAAGUCACAAAAAACAAAUCCCACCUUUCACAAACGUUUUGUGUGGGAUGCAAAAGGCUCAGAAAAGUUUCAUGAGGCCAAAGAGCCUUUUAAAAACACAUGUGAGUCGAGCGAAACGCCCAGGAACAUCGAGGGAUUCGUCACACAUCAGAAAAAGCUGUCUUUGUGGUGGAAAUAUGAGAUGUUAUGACAAAGGGUCGUCUCACAUUUACCAAAGAACAUCUCGACGAUCCCCAAGACUUUUCGGAGCAUGUUCUGUGGACUGAUGAGACAAAAGCUGAACUUUUUAAAAGGUUUGAUCUGGUGUAAAACUAACACAACACAUAAAAAAAGAACCAACAGUCAAACCUGGUGGUUUGUGGUAGUGUAAUGGUCUGGGGCUGCUUUGCUGCUUCAGGAUCUGGACGAGUCACUGUAACUGAUGAAACCAUGAAUUCUGUUGUUAGCAGUUAAUAGGUUAACUUUUUAACACAGGGCCAGAUAGAUCACACAAUGAAGAGCGUCAUAUUAUAAAUUCUUGUAAGUACAUAAUACUGUAAACUGUAUAUAUCGAUGUAUAAAUAUUAAACAUGUUUGGUGUAUGCUGGCACAGGCAGGAGAUUUGCUGCAAUUAUCUAAAACCAAACUGUCUGAUAAAUCUCUUUUUGUGUGUAUUUUGUAAACACGACACCACUUUGGCAUGAAUGCAUCAUGGUUUGUAUUCCCAAU